UGUAAAUGAACACACAGAUCCGAAGUUGUUCAAAUAUAUAUAAGAUCUAAACUUAUAAUCGAAUUUGAUACCAUUGUAGUUUUUAUGGCGAGAAUAUAUCUAUAGUUGAUACUUGGGGUCUUAAUUGAUAUUAGUGGCGAACAAGCCUAGAUAAGAUUAAGCGUCUGAUAAUAAAGUAACGUCAUGGCGGCAUACACGAACGUUCAGGAGGCCAAGAAAAAUCCUUCUGCGGUGUGGACGCGGUUUAAUAAUCCAACCUUCAACCCACAGUUUGGUUACAAAACCUACAAGACGAAUCUCCCAGGUGGACCCUAUAAAUUCAACCAGGACGCGUACGAAUACCUCAUGAGGUAUAAUGACUCUAAACAUGGUCAGACCCACUUGCACCCAGAUAAUCUUUAUACGCAACCCCAGCCUGUCCAUGAAACAACUGUUAACGAUGUUCAAAAGCAGGAAAUCAGCAGAGUUGAGUCAGGUGGUGCAUAUACGAGACCACAAGCACAGCCACAACAAACAUAUACACAACAGAAAGCACCAGCGAAAGAUAAGGACAAGAGAACCAAGAGAAGAUACAGGUGUAUUAUCCUACUAGUGGUGCUGCUUCUCCUGUUGCUUAUAGGAGCCGUGGUCGCUAUAGCGAUCCUAGCAAACAAUGCAACAGCUGCUACAGCUUCAACAACAACUGCUGCCCCUCAAGCUCAGAGCCAGAGCUACCAAGCAGAAAUAAGCUACGAUGCAUUGACGUUUGUCCCAGAGUAUGCUGACAAAACGUCACCGGAAUAUAAGAAAUUAGCAGAUGAGACGUGUGCAGCGAUUGAUAAAAUAUACAAAACGACUGCCUUAGACGAUAACUAUCAAUCCUGUAAAGUCACAGACAUGAAGAAUGGGAGUGUCAUUGUCAUUGUGGUUCUUGUCUUCAAGACCGACUCGCAAUCUGAAGUCGAAGUAUCAAAUACAUACGGACCACUCCUUGUUGCUGCCAUUGUCCAAGCCGUAGAUGGUCCUUUCAAAAACUACAGCGCAAAUGAAUCAGUGAAAACACAACAAAUAACAACAACUACAACUGUCGCCACAACAACUACAACUGUCGCCAUUACAACUCAAUCUGGCUCGAUGACAUCUCAAUCUGAUUCAUCAGAUUCGUCUGUGACAACAGAUUCGUCCCUAACAACAGAAUCAUCUGUAACAACAGUUUCAUCCGACUCGACCGAUUCGCCUGUGACACAAGGUUCUCCCGCCUCAACAGAUUCGUCCGCAACAACAGAAUCAUCUGUAACACAAGGUUCUUCCAAUUCAACAGAUUCGUCUGUAACAACAGAAUCAUCUGUAUCAACAGGAUCUUCCAACUCAACAGAUUCGUCCGUAACAACAGAAUCAUCUGUAACAUCAGGUUCUUCCGAUUCAACAGAUUCGUCCGUAACAAC